CGAAGAGGUACCUGCUACAGCAAGCACAUUUGCUUGGAGAUCUUGAGAAUUCACAGUUCUAUUCAGUGCAUUGGCCUGCAAACCAGCUCCAGCUUUAUAAGCUUCAGCAUCAAUUCGUACAACAAUUUUUAAAAUUGCUUCAAAUAGCUGGAGCUCUCGUGAAGUUUUCAAAAAAGUGUGUGCCACUUUAUCAUUAUCCCGAGUAAAAAAUGUGGACUGAUAUUUGCACAUAUUUGGUCAUUUUGGCAGUUAUGCUGAUGUCCAUUUAUUUUAAGAAUUAUAUCAGGAGCGUAUAUUUGGCAUUUCAACUUUCUGGACCCCCAGCAGUACCACUUAUAGGAAACGUACUUCUCAUGAAAAACGACCGAAAACUAGAAGAAAUAGCUGAAAAAAUGUCUGAAAUGUAUAGUCCUUUUAUGCGUUGUUGGUUAUCAAUAUUUCCAGUCUUUUUUAUUUAUGAACCAAAAGCCUUACAACUUAUUAUGGGUACUAAUCGAUAUACCAGUAAAAAUAUAUUUUAUAACUGCUUACAUAACGUGGUUGGUGAUGGUCUUAUAACUUCUUCUGGUGAAAUAUGGAAACAACAUCGAAAAUUAAUUCAGCCGUACUUUCACAUUAGCGUGUUAAAAGUGUAUUUUGACAUAUUUCACAAAUGGUCGAUGGCUAUGGUCCAGGAUUUGGAAAAUGAGACCGAAGUUAAUAUAACCAAGUACGCAAAUAAAUUUGUUUUUGAUGUUCAGGAAGAGUCAAUAUUGGGAAUUUCUGGGAAAAGACCAGAGUCGUCUCCUUAUAGGGGAGGCCAAUUUCUGAUGUUGCACAGAAUUACAAGACCGUGGCUGCUUUUCAACACAAUUUUCAAACGAACUGACUUUUCAAAAGUGGAAGAAAAUCAAAAAAAUAUCUUGCAGCAAUAUACAAAGUCAAUUUUAGACGGCAAGAAACAAAAUUCGCACGGUACCGCUAUGAAUAAUUUAAUGGAGAUGAUGAUGGAAAUAUCGAACAUGAAUCCGGAAUUUACAGAUGAUGAUAUUGUGAACGAAACCUGCACUUUCAUGUUGGCAGGCCAGGAUUCUGUAGGAGCUGCGCUAUCAUUUGCAUUGUAUUCUCUAGCCGCACACCAAGACAUUCAAGAAAAAGUUGUGCAAGAGUUAAAUGGCAUUUUCAAAGAUGGUAAUCAAGCAGCAACGUUUGAAGAUGUGGCCGAAAUGAAGUACUUGGAGCAAUGUAUUAAAGAAACUUUAAGGCUGUACCCAAGCGUACCGAUGAUCACCAGAAAAAUAACCGAAGACGUACCCUUAGGAAAAUACACACUACCCACAGGAACAAAUAUCGUGAUUUCCCCCUUUGUCACCCAUAGACUACCACAUGUCUUUCCUGAUCCGCUAAAGUUUGAUCCUGAUCGCUUUUCACCCGAAAAUAAAGCAAAAAUUCAUCCAUAUGGAUUCAUUCCUUUUAGCGCCGGACCCCGAAAUUGUAUCGGUUACAAGUUUGCAAUAAUAGAAUUGAAAACAGUACUAUCCCAAAUAUUGAGAAAAUAUCACGUUUCUUUAGUACCUGGACGAGAAAAAUUAAUUCUGUCAUAUAGGAUGACCUUAAAAGCCAAAAAAGGAAUUUGGCUAAGGCUGAAGAAGAGGAGCGUGUAGAAUUAAGCAAUAUAAUCACCAUAAAAAUACCAUAAGCGGGAUGGUAUUUCCACCCAUAGAGAAAUUAAAACCGUCCAUUAACAUGCGGAACUUUAACAUCAUUGGAAUUCAAAAUAAAAAAUAUGAGAUCAACCGUUCAUUUUUUCAGAUGAGACACUCGCUUAUUUAUAACUUAUAACAUAGGUACCUAAUUUGUUUUACUUGUACGUUUUACUUUUGUUAAUUUAGUCAUGACGUGUUUUGUAAGUUUGAGUAAACACGAUGGAUGUAGAAAUAAAAAUUCGGUUUACGUU